ACUCACUGAUCUAUCACAAGGUUGCCUCACUGAGCUUUGGGGUCCAUGUCUGAAUGGAUUGCUGUAGCCUUCUCAUCUCUUCCUCUGCCCAGUUCCCGGCCUCCUAAGACUCGAAGCCAGGACAGGACCUGGGGAAAUUAUAUGGUUUGAACGGCAUGUCUGUGGAUGAGAAGCCUGACUCCCCCAUGUAUGUGUAUGAGUCCACAGUCCACUGUGCCAACAUCCUCCUCGGCCUCAAUGACCAACGGAAAAAGGACAUUCUCUGUGAUGUGACUCUGAUUGUGGAGAGGAAGGAGUUCCGAGCCCACCGGGCGGUGCUGGCGGCUUGCAGUGAAUACUUCUGGCAAGCCCUGGUUGGACAGACGAGAGAUGACUUGGUGGUCAGCUUGCCUGAAGAGGUCACGGCCAGGGGCUUUGGGCCACUGCUGCAGUUUGCCUACACUGCCAAGCUGUUACUCAGCAGAGAGAACAUCCGGGAGGUCAUCCGCUGCGCCGAGUUCCUGCGCAUGCACAAUCUGGAGGACUCCUGCUUCACCUUCCUGCAGACGCAGCUCCUGAACAGCGAGGAUGGCCUGUUUGUGUGCCGGAAGGACAGUGCGUGCCAGCGCCCCCAAGAGGACCAUGGGAACUCUGCGGGAGAAGAGGAGGAAGAAGAGACGAUGGACUCAGAGACAGCGAAGAUGGCUUGCCCCACAGACCCCGUCAGCUUUGAGGCCGCUGCCAUCCCAGUAGCAGAGAAAGAAGAAGCCUUGUUACCUGAGUCUGAGGUACCCACAGACACCAAGGAAAACUCAGUACCUAGAUACAAGAAGUACCAGCUUGCAUGUACCAAGAAUGUCUAUAGUGCGCCCUCACACAGUACCUCAGGGUUUGCAAGCACAUUCAGUGAAGACAGCCCUGGCAAUAGCCUCAAACCAGGGCUCUCCAGGGGACAGAUUAAAAGCGAGCCACCCAAUGAAGAGGCCGAGGAGGAGACCGUCACACUCUGCCUGUCCGGAGAUGAAACUGACAUCAAAGACAGACCCGGGGAUGUUGAGAUGGACCGGAAACAGCCCAGCCCUACCCCUACCCCCAGUACCCCUACUGGAGCCACCUGCCUGGACAGAUCCAGGAGUGUGUCCUCGCCUUCCUGUCUGCGGUCUCUGUUCAGUAUAGCAAAAGGUGUGGAGUCGUCUGGCCUGCCCAGUACAUCUCAACAGCACUUUGUCAGGAGUUCAGCAUGCCCUUUUAACAAGGGGAUCUCUCAGGGUGACCUUAAAACUGACUACACCCCUUUCACAGGGAAUUAUGGACAGCCCCACAUGGGCCAGAAGGAUGUGUCCAACUUCACAAUGGGGUCGCCACUCAGGGGGCCUGGGCCGGAGGCUCUCUGUAAGCAGGAGGGAGAGCUGGACCGGAGGAGUGUCAUCUUCUCCUCAAGCACGUGUGGCCAAGUGAGCACCUCAGUGCAUUCAUGUUCUGGGGUGAGCAAUUUGGACAAAGACCUCUCCGAGCCGGUGCCAAAAAGUCUCUGGGUAGGAGCUGGCCAAUCCCUCCCCAGCUCACAGGCCUACUCCCACAGUGGACUGAUGGCUGACCACUUGCCAGGCAGGAUACGGCCCAACACCAGCUGCCCGGUGCCAAUCAAAGUCUGUCCUCGCUCACCUCCACUAGAGACCAGAACCAGGACCUCCAGCUCCUGUUCCUCCUAUUCCUACGCAGAGGAUGGGAGUGGGGGCUCCCCCUGCAGCCUCCCUCUCUGUGAGUUCUCCUCCUCACCCUGUUCCCAGGGAGCCAGAUUCCUUGCCACAGAACAUCAGGAGCCGGGCCUGAUGGGAGAUGGAAUGUACAACCAAGUCCGACCCCAAAUUAAAUGUGAGCAGUCUUAUGGAACCAAUUCCAGUGACGAGUCUGGAUCAUUCUCGGAAGCAGACAGUGAGUCGUGUCCUGUGCAGGACAGGGGCCAGGAGGUUAAACUUCCUUUUCCUGUAGAUCAGAUCACAGAUCUUCCCAGGAAUGACUUCCAGAUGAUGAUUAAGAUGCACAAGCUAACCUCAGAGCAGUUGGAGUUCAUUCACGACAUCCGGAGGCGCAGUAAGAACCGCAUUGCAGCUCAGCGCUGUCGCAAGAGGAAGCUGGACUGCAUUCAGAAUCUAGAAUGUGAAAUACGAAAACUGGUGUGUGAAAAAGAGAAACUGUUGUCAGAGAGGAAUCAACUGAAAGCGUGCAUGGGAGAGCUGCUGGACAACUUCUCCUGCCUCUCCCAGGAGGUCUGUCGAGACAUCCAGAGCCCAGAGCAGAUCCAGGCCCUGCACCGAUACUGCCCUGUCCUUAUCCCCAUGGAUCUCCCUGGAGCCAGUGUUAACCCCCCUCCUUUGGGGGUUGAGCAGAGCCUUGCACCCGCCCAGUGUGCAGCAGGAGGAAACGUACCCUGCUGCCUGGAGCCAGGGGCAGCUCCCUCUGGGCUCCCCUGGGUGCCCAGCAACACCCCUGAGAAUUGUACCUCUGGGAGGAGGUUGGAAGGUGCUGACCCCGGGACCUUCUCAGAAAGAGGACAGCCGCUGGAAGCCAGAAGCCAGUCGGUGACCGUGGACUUCUGUCAGGAAAUGACUGAGAAGUGUACGACAGACGAACAGCCCAGGAAAGAUUAUGCCUAGCCAGUGUGAUGAGCUCUGCCUCCGGUCCUCACACCUCUCCUAUCCAGGUGUUCUUCCGCCAGCCAGUGGCGCUGUUCAUCUGUGUCUUGAAGACCCAAGAGCGAAUCUGGUGCACACUACAGCAGUCUUAGCAAUACUGUUCCGAAGUAUUCCCUCCUCUCCGUAAGCAGGAGUGCUGGUUACCUUCACAAUGGUGCUACCCCUUGCCCUGGCAAGGAAGACGACAGUGCAGACACUGUCUGUCUGUGGGUUAAUUGCAGACUUCACAGGGAUAGACUACACCUCUAGGACCCAACCACGGAUUUUUUUUUUUCUCAGUGGCCCAUGUCACAAACCCUAUCUCAGGAAUUUCUUCUGAAUGUUCAAUUUUUUUCAUUGAAGACAGCUUCUAUACACAUCAAAGUUUUAUAGCUAUACUGUACAUAUUAUAUAUAAUAUAUAUGAAAUAUAUAUCCAUAUGCAAAAGUCCUGCAUGCCUCGA